CCUCUCUGGACUCCCUUUGAAGCACGUCAACGUUUAACUGGCGCACAUUCUUCAGCUGGCAGUGAAGGACUCGGAUAUUUUUGGAUGCCUUUUCCUGAGCUCCGGGCCCUCGCGACUCGCGGGUACCUAUGGUUGGCUCGGCACCCGCGCGGGAACGGGUAUGAGGUCCUUCCUUGCAGCUCGCCGUUAAAUUCCAGGGAUCGUCGAGUACUCACUGUAUCGUUUCCCUUGCACUGGUGGGUCUUUGGUGCGCCAGUGCUGCAGUUUCAGCUCCCCCAACGAGAUGGGGCAGUGGUCAUCUUGCCUCACUAACCUAGCAAACCAUGUGGCUGUCAAGCUCCAUCGAGUUGCAUUAUUCCUCCGUUCCCCCGGUCAUCCAGAUCAAUCCUUGUCUCUGAACAGGUUAGUUGUCAGCCUUCGAGAGAGAUUCAAGCACUGGGGCACCAUGUCUGAUCUUGAUGAAGUCAUCGAGCUUCAUCGCGAUGCACUACUCCUUCAUCCCCCCGGUCAUUCAGAUCGGUCUGCGUCUCUGAGCAAUCUUGCUGCCUGCCUUCGCCACAGAUUCCGGCAGGGUGGCAUCAUAUCUGACCUUGAUGAGGCCAUCGAGCUCCAUCGGGCUGCAUUGCCCCUCUGUCCUGCCGGCCAUUCAGAUCGAUCCGCAUCUCUGAACAAUCUCGCUGUCUGCCUUCAAGACAGAUUCGAGCAGGGUAGUAUCAUGUCUGACCUUGAUGAGGCCAUCGAGAUCCAUCGGGCUGCAUUACUGCUUCGUUCCCCUGGUCAUUCUGAACGAUCCACGUCUCUGAGCAAUCUUGCUCUCAGCCUUCGAGACAGAUUCCUGCAAUGUAGCAUCAUGUCUGACCUCGAUGAGGCCAUCGAACUCAAUCGGACUGCGUUACUCCUCCGCUCCCCUGGUCAUCCUGAACGAUCCACGUCUUUGAACAAUCUUGCUCUCAGUCUUCGAGACAGAUUCCAGCUGCAUAGAAUCAUGUCCGACCUCGAUGAGGCCAUCGAGCUUAAUCGGACUGCAUUACUCCUCCAUCCCCCUGGUCACCCUGAACAAUCCACGUCUUUGAACAAUCUUGCUCUCAGUCUUCGAGAUAGAUUCCAGCAGCGUGGAAUCAUGUCCGACCUUGAUGAGGCCAUUGAGUUCCAUCGGGAUGCAUUACUCCAUUCCUCAGGUCAUCCAGGUCGAUCCACGUUUCUCAACAAUCUUGCACUCAGCCUUCGAGACAGAUUCCUGCAACGUGGAAUCAUGUCUGACCUUGAUGAGGCCAUCGAGUUCUGUCGGACUGCGCUGGAGCUCUGCCCCCCACAUCAUUCAAAUCGAUCUGCGUCACUGAACAAUCUUGGACUCAGCCUUCGAGACAGAUUCCAGCAGUGUGGAAUCAUGUCUGACCUUGAUGAGGCCAUCGAACUCCAUCAGGAUGCAUUACUCCUCCGUCCCCCUGGUCAUUCUGGACGAUCCAUAUCUCUGAACAAUCUUGCUGCCACCCUGCGAGACAGAUUCAGGCAGCGCGGAAUCAUGUCUGACCUUGAUGAGGCCAUCGAGCUCCAUCGGGAUGCAUUACACCUCCGUCCCCUUGGUCAUUCUGAACGAUCCAUCUCUCUGAACAAUCUUGCACUCAGCCUUCAGGACAGAUUCCAGCAGCGGUGCAUUAUAUCUGAUCUUGACGAGGCCAUCGAGCUCCAUCGCGCUGCAUUAUUCCUCCAUCCCUCCCGUCAUUCAGAACGAUCCAAGUCUCUGAAUAAUCUUGCUGUUAGCCUUGAAGAAAGAUUCCGGCAGCGUGGCAUCAUGUCUGACCUUGAUGAGGCCAUCGAGCACCAUCGAGCUGCACUGGAGCUCCUCCCCUCAUGUCAUUCUAAUCGAUCUGUGUUUCUCGACAAUCUUGCCCUCAGUCUAGCACACAGAUUCCGGCAGCAGAACGUCCAGCCUGACCUUGAUGAAGCGUUUAGCCUGUAUUCGCAACUCUCCCACCUAUCACAUGCAGCAUCUCGCGCAGAUCUUGGUGUUGCCAAGUCGUGGGCGGCCUCUGCCCACACCCUCAAUCACGACUCUGCAUUGCUUGCCUAUAAGACUGCAUUGAAAUUCCUAGAUCAGCAAGUUGCUCUCUUGUCGUCCUCUUCGCAUCAUUUCGACGUCAUCAGGGAGGCUGUCUCUUCCCUUGCCACAGAUACUUUUUCAUGCAGUGUUCGUCAUGGUGCCCUGACGACUGCGGUGGAGCUGGUUGAGCAAGGUCGUGCGGUAUUCUGGACCCAGUUGGCACGCUUCAGCACACUACUCGAUGAACUUUCUGUGUCAGGUGACACUGGCAUGGCUUUGGCAGAAGAGUUCAAGCGGUUGAGCUUUUGCCUUCGUAACAUGUUCGAUCAGGCUACUGAAGACAAGUCUCCGCAAAUCCGGCAACUGACCAUGCAAUGGGACGACGUCGUCUUGCGCAUCCGCAUACUUCCUGACUUUUCUCGGUUUCUCCUACCUCCCCUUUUCUCUGACCUACAGAAGGUGGCUGAAGAAGGUCCGGUCAUCAUUGUCAAUGCUAGUCGGUACAGCUGCGACGCCUUGAUUAUCUUGAGUGGGCAAGGUCCUGUCCAUGUUCCGCUUGACACUACACAAGCCGAAGUGUCCGAGUUGUCCUCCGAGUUCCAGUCACUCGCAAAGCUGUUUGGUUCUUCUGAUCGUCAACACAAGCUUGUUGGCAUCCUUCGCAAGCUUUGGAAUGAUAUUGUUGACCCCGUGGUCCAAGCUCUUAGGGAGUCAGAUGUUUGUCCUGGUUCGCAUAUCUGGUGGUGUCCCACUGCCGAGUUCACGCUGCUUCCUCUACAUGCAGCAGGACCAUAUGAGAAGCACAGAGACAGUUUGUCUGACAUUUACAUCUCCUCUUAUACUCCCACUUUGACAACGCUCGUUCGGGCGAGACGGCGGGUUUUUCGGGACGUGUCCCCACAACAUUUUGUUGCCAUUGGUCAAGGAAACCCGGAGGGAGGGAAGGAGCUCAAAUGUGUCGCUCCCGAACUAACUGUCGUAGCUCAAUGUCUCGAGCCUGUCGUGUCGUCCUUCACAUUGCUCGAGGACAGCGACGCAACAGUGCAGGGUGCACUUGAUGCACUAAACCGUAAUCAGUGGCUCCAUCUUGCCUGCCACGGAAUGCCAAAUCGGAUACAACCUUUCGAGUCUUCCUUCGCCAUGCGUGACGGGCCAUUGAUGAUCAAGGACAUCAUCCGAUCAGACUGGCAGAAUCCAGAAUUUGCAUUCUUAUCAGCUUGCCACACUACCGUGGGCGAUGAGGACAGUCCCGAUGAGUCGAUCCAUCUUGCUGCGGCUAUGCAAUUCAGCGGAUUUCGCAGUGUCAUAGGUUCCAUGUGGUCUGUUGAUGACGAUGUUGCACGCCAGGUUGUGUCAGCUUUUUAUGGCCACCUGGUUGAUAGUUCGGGGAGAUUGUGCUGCACACAGGCUGCGGUAGCAUUGCACAAGGCCAUGAAAUCGUUGCGCAAGAAGAUUUCAUUAGAACAGCAAAUUGUAUUUGUUCACAUAGGUGUCUAGUUUCAUCCGUGUUCUCGCAUUUCAUUCAGUAAUCCUGUCUGUUGCUUUCAUCUCCUCGCUACCCUAUCUCAUCAUUUGUGUAACUGCAUUGUUUUUGGCUCGUCACUACAGGGGGGUGCUAUCUCUGGCCCAGAGUUGCAAAACUUUUCGACCUGGUUUUCAUAACGCAACAACUACACAACAUUGAAAUAAGGCGAAAACAGGAGCAGGUAGUAUUCAGUACCUGCUUUAAUGCUAUGUUUAAAAAAUAAAGAAAUAUGUCAAAG